AUGGAAACCUUUAAAACUGAACAGGUGAUAAACAGCGAGACUGUUCGCUCGUUGGCUGAAUCCGUUGAGCGGCUUGCCUCAAUAGUACCUGAAAUUCAAACAAAUGUAAAAUCUGAGGCGCAGGAUCCAUGUGGUAAGUGCAAAAAUGAUUUUUUGCAUGGAAAACAUGUCAGUAUAAAGUACUCACAAACACAUACUAGCUCUUAUAAUACCAUUGUUUUAGAACAAUCAGAGGAACUAAGUGAUAACAAAAGUGAAUAUACAGUAUAUCUAAUUCAGAUGCAAAUGAUUUAGAAAUAAAUAACGAUAAUAACCAUAAGGCCAAAAUAUAUGAGUUAGUUAAUGACAUAGAACAUAAUAACACAAAACCAACCUAUGCAGCUCUUGUGAAAUCGCAGUUAGUUAAAGAGAGCUUGUCUAAAUCUGUAUUAGAAUCAUCCUUAGAACCAACUCUAGAAUCCUUAGCAUCUGUUAACAACAAACAAUAA